ACAGUGCCGGGGAGCUACGAAGGUUUAGCUCAACAACUUUUAUCCAAAGAGUUUAGUGGCUAUGCUAAACACUCAGAUGAGUGUGUAGCCAUUAUUAGCUUCUAGUUCAUAGAACAGCGCCCUACAACUCAAGAAUGCAUCGACUGUAGGUCCUCCUUUGGACUGUGUGUCAUUGACAGUCCUCUUGACAGGAUGCCUUACCACUGUGUGGCCUAUGGAUGUGGCAAAACUGCAGAAGAUGGUGUGACAUUGUUUAAAUUUCCCAAGGACCCUGAGGAGUUUCGCAAAUGGGAGAAGCAGGUCCAGCGCACUCGCACCCAGUGGGUCGCCACACCCAACUCUCACCUCUGCAGCGAGCAUUUUGGCAAGGAGUACUUUGAGCCCAGACCACCCACAUGGGCUCUGAGGCUGAGGCCAGGAGCUGCUCCGACAGUGUUUGUCCGUCCGCUCUGUUCCUCCUGCAGUGGAGUUGGAUGCGAUAACUGCCUACCUGCAAUUCAACGCCGGGGCAUUACAGCUGAGCCAGGAGAGUGUAACAUUAGUGCCAAACUAAAUGAAUUGGCACCCAUUCAGUUUGAUGAUACUGAUGGAGAAAGUGAAAAAGAACGUCUGACAAGAGCCGUGGUGAAGCCAGGAGAAAAAAACAGAGAAGAACGACCAGUGGUGUGUGAGAUGUGUGGCACAACCGGCAACAUUAGCACCUUCUUUUCGAAGACCAAGCGUUUCUGCAGUAUAUCCUGCUCGCGCUCCUACUCAUCAAACUCCAAGAAGUCCUCCAUAUUGGCCCGUCUGCAGGGAAAGCCGCCCUCAAAGAAAGCUACUGUGCUGUACAAGAUGAACAAAGCUCCUCCAGCCCCAACAGGACCGGAUGAAUCAGGUUUUGAGUGGGGCGCUUACUUGGAGAAGGAAGCAUCCCCGGCUGCGUCCGUGUCCUGCUUCAGACAUGCACCUCUGUGUGCCCAGUGGGACGACAUCACCGUGGGGAUGAAGGUGGAAGUCCUGAACACUAACGCUGUCCUGCCCAGUAAAGUCUACUGGAUCGCCACUGUCAUCCAGGUCGCAGGAUACAAAGCUCUGUUGAGAUACGAAGGCUUUGAGGAUGACAGCAGCCAUGAUUUCUGGUGCAGCCUCGUGUCAGGAGAGCUGAAGCCGAUUGGCUGGUGCGCCAUGACGAGCAAGCUGCUGGUGCCACCGCAAGAUGUGAAGCAAGUCAUACCAGACUGGAAGGAGUAUCUGAUGAAAAAGAUGGUGGGCUCCAGCACUCUGCCUGUGGAUUUCUACUUGAAGCUGUCGGAGGACACGAGGACCUCUUUCAAAACAGGCAUGCGUGUAGAGGUGGUGGACCCCAAACACGUGAGCCGGACCCGCGUGGCUAUCAUACAUGCCAUCGUCGGUGGCCGUCUCAAUCUGGUGUACGCAGACCAGAGCGACUUCCCCGAGAGCACCACCUCGGAUUUCUGGUGCCACAUGUGGAGUCCCCUCCUGCACCCGUUAGGCUGGUCCAGCAAAGUGGGUCAUGCCAUUAAGGCAUCUGCAAGCUCUGUGGAGGCUGGUGCCAGUGGUUUGAGGGGUAACUCUUACAGUACAUUUCUGCUCUUUAAAAAGCCCAGGAUCGUCUACAUGGAAGGAGGUUUCUUUGAAGAAGGAAUGAAGCUGGAGGCCAUUGACCCUCUCAACCUGGGAAAUAUCUGCGUGGCCACUGUACACAAGGUGCUGUUGGAUGGCUACCUGAUGGUCGGUAUUGAUGGCACCGCAUCGGACAACGGUUCUGACUGGUUUUGUUACCACGCGUCCUCUCAUGCCAUCCUUCCCAUAGACUUCUGUAAAAAGAACAACAUCCCUCUCACUGUACCUCAAGGUUAUGACCCUCAGACCUUCACCUGGGACAAAUACCUGAAGGAGACCAAAGCUAAAGCUGCACCAGCACGACUGUUCAACACUGACUAUCCAGGUCAGGGCUUCUCUGCCAACAUGAAGCUGGAGGCAGUGGACCUGAUGGAGCCAUGCCUGGUGUGCGUGGCCACCGUAAAGCGCUGCGUGGGGCGCCUGCUGCUUAUCCACUUCGAUGGCUGGGAGGACGAGUUCGACCAGUGGGUCGACCACCAGUCGCCAGACAUCUACCCCGUGGGCUGGUGUGAGCUCGUGGGCUACCACCUCCAGCCACCUCCUGGACUCGUUGAAGUGAACACAACCCAGAUGGCACGGAACAAGAAAUGCAAGCCCUUUAUGUACAGGAAAAAGAAAAAGAAGAAUGCAAAGAAGAGGCUCUCGGAUGAGCAAACUAAAGAUGAUGCUGGUAACCAGCCUGAGGUCACUGGCACUAAGAGUCCUACAGAACCAGUAGACCCCAGUCUUCCUCCUCAAGUGCCACUCAUCCAGCCCAAGACUGAGCCAGAGGAGCAGGAGAUCUUUGCAGUGCAGGUGAAAGUGGAAGAGGUGGAGAUGGAGACCCCUAUUGAUCCUUCAGGAAACCCUCAACAAGUCUGUCUGGGCAUAGUCAAACAGGAGGAGGGAGGGGAACAGAGACAACAUGAGACGCCUGAGCAGACCAGCUCGGAAAACACGGGGCAUGAAACGACAGAGGAAAAUAAAGUGGCGGAAGAUGGAUCUGAAGAACAGGGAUCACUGGAAGAGAGCUUUACUGGUGAGAGCAACAUGGAGCAGAGUGAUGAGAAUGAAAGACAAACACUGGACCAAGAAGAGGGGAGCCAGGAAAAUGACAGUGCCAUGGAUUGAAUAUUGAAGAGGCUGGAGGAAUGGAGAGAUGAGAGGAGUAUAUAGAACUGGGUAAAGGGUGGAGGCACAAGGAGACAGUUACUACUACACGACAGGGUAAAAUAAGGCCAAUGUGGCAAUAAAAGGACAGAGAGGAGACGGACAGAUGCAGGCUGGGAUGUAUUUAGAGCAAAUUAAAAAGGUACAGUAGGAGGAGUGUAUCUUAUAAACUGGUGGUUUAAAGGGAUAAUCCUUAAAAUUGCAGUCCGAGUUGAUUUGGUGACGCCUGUGGUUACUGGUGGUAACGAGAAGUUUGGUUUUAUAAUGCAGGUCCAAGAAUUCUGGGGCCACGGCCAAACAAACCCAUAUUGUUUUAAUAAAGAAGUCAACCAGCAGUAAAUGCAAUAGUGAUCUGAUUUCAUCCAGCAGCAGAGCACCGGUCAGGCAGCGACCUUGCUGAGAAGUCGGUGUGCUGCCUUUGCACAUCUCAGUUCAAUUUAAUUUAAUUCUAACAAUAUGUUCCAGUAUUUCAAACUGAUCUGCUGACAGAAAAUGCCUCCAGUCAUGGUCAGCGCCAGCCUGUGGGACAGAUGCAUUGCUGUCCUGCGACUGCUUCACCGUAAAAGUCACCUUGUGUUACACCAGUUUUCUUUUUCUUUAAUGUGAAGCAGCUUCGGGAGGAAAUGUUGGAAGAGCAGGAGAACAUUAGCAGUAACUUAAUACACCUCAGCAUUAGGAGAGUGAUCACUAAGUUAUAACGCUGAUAUCAAUGAGAUAAAAGGAUAAUAAGCAGGCAGCUCAAAUCCAGUGUGGAUGUAAACACACUUGUAUGACUUACAGAAAAUUAGACCAUAAGUAGUGUAAAAACAAGGGGUUGAUGAAAUUAAGGAUGUUAACUUUAAAUACCUUAUAGAAAAUCACAACUGCGUACAGUGCAUCAGGACCAGCUUAGACAGUUUACUACCUCACUUUCUCCGUGUUGGUUCCACUACACACUAAUGCCAUGUGUAAAGAGCUGACUUCUCUUGCUUUAGUUGAGCUUAGCUUCACUCAUCUUGCUGAUUCUAACAUCAGAUCUUGAGCUAUGACUCUGAAGAUCUUUGUUUUUCCCCAUUUUGGAUUGUAAGGACUUAAAAGACAAAUAUUUGUUUUAAUGUUUUAUUUUUUCCUGUUUUAUAUCCACAUGUUCUGUUUAUUGUACAUAUACAAUCACUGAUAAAAAAAGUUUCCUCCAUUUACUGAUUUGAUGUUUUCUUAAAUUAUCUUUAGAACUGGGACUUGAGAUUGUGAUGUAGUGGUUAAGGAAAAGAAGCAUGAAGCCAAAGAAUGUUUCUAAUCAAGUAACAGCAGUGUUGCACUUGUGCUACUGACAUUCACUUUGUUUACUUCCUUCAAGUUGCUAAAACUUUAAAACAGCUGCUGAGGAGCUACCUCACCUCUUUGACCUUUUGCUCUGU